AUUUCUCCUACUUGGAGGACUGUCACUCAACAACAAGUCCAAAAGUAAUGGAAUAAGUGAAGAAAAUCUGACUCAGCUUUAAGACAAAAUAUGGGUGAUAUACAACGGAAGCAGAUACUGGCGUAUUGUGCUCUUACUGCUGGCUUUGGUUUGCUGAGUAGCGCCUACAAUUUCUACUACGUAAAAGUCUUUCUGAACUUCUACCAUAUACAGGAAUCGUGGUUUCAGUUUUCUCAGGUCCUUUUCUUGGUAUGGAAUGCCGUGAAUGACCCCUUGUUUGCUUACUAUUCGGAUAACAAAAACUUCAAAAUUCUCAAAACUCGACGGAACAUGAUUUUGUACUCAGCUCCUUUGUUCUCGUUGUCCUUCUUGAUACCAUGGUUUCAGUGGAGUACAAAUCCUGUCAUUGUUGGUCUUCAUUUAAUUUUUGCGUUGUGUUUUUGGGAUACACUCUUUACAUUUAUUGGUUUGGCAGCAUGCUGUCUUUUCACGGAGAUUUCACAGGACAGUGAGAUGAGAAUCACCCUAACUCGAGCUUCACAGGUCGCCUCACUAUUCAGUUCCUUUAGUGUCAUGGUGCUGGAACACGCUUCUAAUGGCCUUCAAGAUUUCAAAGCAUUCCAAGUGACCACAGUACUGAUAGCAAUACUUAGUUGGUCCUUAAUGUAUUACUGUGGGAAAAACUGUCACACACAAUACGAUCUGCAGCAAAUGCAACAGGGGGAAAAGUCCCCGGAUGAGGUAUGUCACGAGAGGACUGGACACGAGUCAUAUUGGCAGCAAACAUGGCAGAUCAUCAGAGACAUCAACUUCAUUUCCUUUGUUAUCACUAACUUCUUCCAGGAGUUUCACCGUACAUUCCUGUACAAUUUUAUGGCCAUUAUUUGUGAUCAAUUAAUAUCUGCAGAUGAAAUCAGUCAGACAGCUAGGAGCACCUUUUAUGGCAGUGUUCCGUUUGCUUCAAAGAUUCUUGUGAUAUUAAUAGCUCCUAUAUUACGUCAUUUCUCAUACAAGAAGGUGAUCCGCGCUAAUUUUAUUUGGAAGAUUUCUGGAGGUCUUGUUAUGUACUAUGUUAUAGGGAACGGCCACCCCUGGAUUCUGAUAGGAUUUCUCCUGUUAGACGAAUGUUUUGCCAAUGGUACAUUUUCAUUAUUCAAUCUUCCCUUGUCGGACAUUGCUGAUGCCAAUAUGAUGAAAUACAACAGAAAGCAUCCAAUAUCAUCGAUGGUGUUCGGAACGAAUGCUUUAUUUGUGAAACCUGCCAUUUCAUUGUCUCCAAUGUUUGUUGUUGCCAUUUUAAACAAAUAUGGUUACAGCCAGAUCAAAAAAUCAACAGGGGACAUGUCCAGCCCCUCAAUUAACCCCCUUACUUCGGCACAGCUAGAGGACCUCAAAGGGGCCAUGUUUUCUUUGGUGUGUUUGUACCCAAUCGUAUUGGGUACCAUACAGUUAAUUAGCUGGUCGUUUUACAAAAUCUCAAAUAAAGUAGAAAUGGAAGUUAAAACAGGAACAUAAACAUGAAAUAUCAAUAUAAUGGAACUUUCAAUGAACCAAUAAAGGAACAUAUCAGAAUAUAUUUAUAUAUAUUCAAAGCACUUUGUAUUAAAGGAGUCAAAGACAACGAUAUCAUUUUAUUGAGGGUACAGACAUAUCUGAAGAAUGUAUGGUAAUAUGGUAAUACUUGUAAUGGAUGAUCCUGUUUAGUGUUUAUAUUUUGGUUAAUAUAAUAAAGUUAAAUGAUAUUUGAAAGGCA